CGCGUCCUUCGGCCUGUACAAGCAAGACCAUGAAAUCCAAUGCUUGGCUCCCGCAGCACCUGGUUCGCUUGAGAGUCUCUCUGCCGUCCGGGGGCCAUGGCAGCAGCGACGAAGCACUCGCCGUGAGCAAUGAUGGGAUUCAUCAGCCAGCCGGACGAGGAAGCUGGGGGAGAUCUAUUUAGGGAUGAUUCGAGCGCGGAAGAAGACAUGCCUGCGCAGCCGCAGGUGGAGACGCGGCCACAGGUGGAGACGCAGCCGCAGGUGGAGACGCUACCAGAGGCGGACCCUCGGAAGCCGCGCAAAGAGAUGACCCGGGCGGAGCGGAUGCUCCUGGUGGAGCCGGACCAGCUGGAGGAGUCGGCGCGCAUGGACCUCUUGGAGGACCACCUUUUGCUGAAGCGGCGGAAGAUCGGCUCCUCGCUGCCGCGGGGCUUUGCUGCCGAGCUGCUGGCGCGAGCGCCCUCCAGGCUAGAAACCUGCAGAAGUCUCCAACUCUUCUGCGAGAAGCAAUUGCCGGCCUUGCAGGCGGCCCCUCCCAGCGCUUCGGGCGGGUCGCCGCGGGCGGCGGCCUACGCGGACGCGGCGGGGCGGCUGGAGGGCCUGGAGGCCAAGGUGGACCCGCGGGUGAGGCGUGUGCUGGACGUGCCAGCGAUGGCGGACAGGAGCAGUGGCAAGGUCGAUGCUUUGCGGCAUUGGGUGGAGGCGCAGCGGAUGGAGCUGUCAAGGUCUGUGGCCAACUUGGAGGAGGUGACCCAACCUCGUAGGGCCUGGGCCGCGCAGCAAGUGAAGAGGCAGCUGCUGAUGUGGUGCCAGCGCUUGCUGCAGGCGCGGGAGGCAAAUCUGGCCGGAACUCAGUGCUGGAGUGAGCAGGUCACCGAGGACGACAUCUUGGACUCGCUGCUUUGCGGUUGAGGAUGGCUUCUCGGCCAAGUGACGUCUUGGUGCUUCGGAGCAGAGCUGCCCCCAGUGCACUGCGAGUGUGCCGGAGUCGCGCGGAAGCCGAUGGACAAGCUGGAGAAGACCAGGGAAGUGCGCGGAAACGGCUAG